GCGGUUUUUGUCAAAUUCCUCCAAUCAGGCGUGUUAGGGUCCCGGCCGGCAACACUUUUCCUAGCGGUUGAGCAAUGACAGCGAGAAACGCGAUGAACGCGAUGAGCGCAUCAGGGGAAGACAGCGAGCCUCGAUGCUACGCUAGAAGGCGUAUAAAAAAUGGUACAUAGAGGAAAGGGGACGCUCAGUGAAAGUGAGAGGGACUGAGUAGCAGAGAAGAGCAGCAGCUUGAUCCUCCUUCUUGUUUUCCAUGUCUCGGUUGUCAUUUUUGUUUUCCGCUGUCGCGGCUUGCUUGAUCCAGGCCGUGGCAGCUCAAGAGCCUACAGCCCAGGUCCUCAAUGGCACUUAUGAAGGCCGUCAUCUAGCUGAGUGGGACCAAGAUGCCUUUCUCGGUGUCCCUUUUGCGCAGCCUCCGGUUGGCCAGUUGCGGUACAAGUGGCCUCAAAGCCUCAACACUUCCUUCGAAGGCACAAGAGAUGCCACGGAACAGGGCUACAGCUGUAUGCAGUUUAGAGGGACCUUCAACAUGUCCGAGGACUGCUUGACCCUCAAUGUUGUUCGUCCAGCUGGAAAGCCUGAGAAGCCGCUCCCGGUUCUCGUAUGGAUCUUUGGUGGCGGUCUAUACACUGGGUCAAUUGCCGACCCUCAAUACAACCUCUCAGGCAUUGUCAAAGUCGGCCAGGACAUGGGCCAGCCCAUUAUCAGCGUCGCCAUGAACUACCGUCUCAACAUGUACGGCUUCCUACAAACACCUCAAAUCCUCGCCGAAGGCUCCAGUAACGCGGGUCUGCUGGACCAGAGGUUGGCGCUCCGGUGGAUCCAGGAGAACAUCGCGGCGUUUGGUGGAGACCCGGACCGGGUGACGAUCUGGGGCGAGAGUGCCGGGGCCCAGAGCAUCGCCUACCACAUGUUCAGCUACGACGGCCGGGACGACGGCCUCUACCGCGCCGCAAUCCUCGAGAGCGGCGGGCCGACGGGGGCUCAGGUGCAGGACCUGGCUUACUACAACGCCCCCGUCGAGAAUCUGACGCGCAGCGUCGGCUGUUGGACCGCCAAAGACCAGUUGGCUUGCCUCCGCGGCCUUAGCCAGACGCAACUCUUUGCAGGAAACCCCAGUCAAGUGUGGAACCCAAUGAUUGAUGGUGACUUCCUGACGGGCUACCCGAGUCAACUGAUCCGCGAAGGCAAGUUUGUCAAGGUGCCUCUCUUGACCGGCGCCAACAGCGAUGAAGGCAUCAACUUCAACCCCAACAGCCCCAAGCCAAACACUGAGACGAACCUCUUCAACGGCUUCACUUGGUGGCGCUCCUAUGCCCUCUCCCCGCCGACGAUCAGAAAGCUCUUUGAGCUGUACCCCAAUGACCCCUGCACCCAGCCGCCGCUUUCCAUCACGAACUGUUCCGUGUACCCGGAAUAUGGCCUGCAGUGGCGGAGGGGUGCCUCCAUCGGCGGCGACCUAGUCAUGAUCUCGGGCCGCCGCAAGAUGUGCGAGCUCUACGCCGUCUCUCAGCCCGUGUACAGCUACCGCUUCGACCAGCUGCUCUGGAACCGCAAGCAGAUUGAGGGAGUGCGGCACUUUGACAACGUCGCGUACAGCUUCCAGAACAUAUCUGGCCUGCUCGGGCCGUCGCCGCAGUAUGACAGCCACGUGCGCUUCGCCCGCGCCAUUGGGGAGGCCUAUGUGCGCUUCCUCUACGAGACGGAUCCGAACCCGAAGGCUGGCAGUAAUGGGACAUUUACAAACGGCACGUCGCUGUUGCCUUAUUGGCCCAAGUAUGACUUAAGUGCCCCCAAAAACUUGGUAUUGAACGCAUCCAAGAGCUAUGUGGAGGAUGAUACAUGGAGAAAAGAGGGCAUAGACUUCAUCAACACAUACGAGGUAGCGAGAGAACUUCUUGCAUGAUGGAUUGGCCUGCAGUUGGGUUUCCGAGAGCUGGUCUAGUAUCUAGCAUCGGGCAGCAGAUGGGUAAUCGGCAUCGUCCAGCGUACAGAGUACAUAGAUGACACAGCAAUAAGCAAUGUUAGUUAAUCACG